UAGCAUACAAGCGACCCAAGCGACUGAAACAGCGUUUCGAAUAUUUGACAAGGCGUGUCCAUUACACGAAAAAUUAGUACAAAACGUUUUGCAUACGCUCUAAAGCAUGCAAACGCAAUAAUUCCAGAAGAGGAAACAAUACAUAAAUACAUAUCGUUAAUCGCAUUAUUGUAAGGAACUUGCAUAAUUGAUUACCUAUUUAACAUCUCUAUAAAUCUGGGUCAAGAUGCAUUAUGGAAAGAAGUCUCCCAGCAUGGGAACACCAUCUGUAUAUUCCCAUGUAACCACUACUCGCAGUAGUGCAAAUCUCAGAUCGUCAAGGUCUGCUCGCAGCGUAAAGAUUCCAUGGUAUCAAAAACCGAUAGUGACGCAUGCUUACAUACUCGACAUUCAAAGAGGUGCUAUGUUUACCGCUGUAUUUUCAUUGUGCCUAGCCUUUUUCACGAUAUGUACAGCUAUUUUUGAUAUCUACUGUCUGUCACAAGCUGCGCCUGGCUCUACACACUAUGGAUAUUAUAUCAUAUCAUAUGAAUUUGUUUAUGUGGGCAAUCAACAUAUUCGAAAUGCUCUGAUUGUGUCUGCAUUGUUCUCGAUGUUGGGUGGAAUAGUUAUCUUUGUGACUUCUUUUAUAUUGAUCAGAGCUCUGCGAAAAGAACAUGAAAAGAGAAUGGUACCAUGGUUGUACAGUUUUGCCGUUUUCACAAUUUUCCGAUUCUUUGCUUUUAUAUUCUUCAGCAUUGUAAAUGACAUGAUAUUUGCAUAUAAUAUCAUGAUGUGUCUUCUAUGGAUAAUAUUUCUCUGCGUUUCUGCAUAUGGUUGGCUUAUCGUUUAUUCUUUAUAUCUUGAAUUAUGUGAUCUAACAAGAUUAGAAGAUCUGGCUCAUUUGCGGAUUGGUACAAUGCAGUCUCUAAAUGCAUCAACGACACAUUCUAUUGCCGGUUCUCGACCUACAACGCCUCAUAGUGCAGUGUCAACUAUGCCUGUUAAUUAAAUAAUUAUAUAUACGUAAUACCAUACAAAACUGUAUACAAUAGAUAAAAAAGGUAUUUGUAUGUUUUUUGUGAUCAUGUUUUAUAAAAAAAAGAGGAAUAUUAUCAU